AUGUAGGGCCCAGAGAUAUGCCAAGAAUAACCAGAUUAUUUCUGAAGGAAUGCACAUGAAGGGCUUUGAUGAGCUACUGAGCUCACAGGACAAAAGCAACAUCAUCUCAUCCUUCCAUUACCCACAACAUCCAAAUUUCAACUUCCAAGAAUUUUACCAUCGACUAAAUGAAAAAGGUCAAGUUAUUUAUCCUGGCAAGCUGACAAAGAAGGAUUGUUUUCGUAUCGGCAACAUCGGCCAUCUGUUCCCGGAGGAUAUGUGCCACUUACUGGACUGCAUUGAAGUUGUUUGCGAAGAGAUGGGUAUACCACUCCCCCUAGGGUCGUCAGUAGGGUGUCAGGUUGUCGCUUGAAUGGACAUUCAUAGAAAUUAAUUUUAUUUGCUAGCAUGCCUAGUCGUUAUAAUAACCAUUUAUAGCAUAGACUUUAAACUUUAAUUAUUUACUUAAAAGUAAAGUAAUUUUAGCAACAUCUCAAAAUUUAUUAUGAACUUGAUAGCCAUUUUAAUUCCAGUAUUAUCUUUUAGCUGUGUUAGUCAUUUUACUGGUCCUUCAGUAGAUAGGAAAGUUAAUAGGUUUAUUUUAAUAUAUUAGCAGUAAAAUAUGGUUGCUGGUCAAAUCGUUAUGUGUGAAUGUAGUCUGCAAAACCUACACUGAGAAUACCAAAGCAUUCUAUGCAAACAAUGUUUUAACUUAGCAAUAACAGGUGCGGAUCCAGAAAUUUUCAAACGGGGGUGGGAGGCACAGUAUUUUCAGAAUAGAAAAGUGAGUAAUGCUAAUUUCAAUAUAUGCAAUGAAAUUUGAAAAUUUAGUGACAAACCGUACUCCCUGCCCCACUUCUUCCACUAUAUCUACCUACGCCUUAUAACAAUGCACAAUGAAUGUACUAUAGUUACAACACUAGACAAUAACAAUGCAAAAAUAUAUACUUAGGUACCACAUUGGAUAAUAAAUCUUUAAAAAAGUUAGAAAUAUAUUUUUAUUGCAUAUUAUAUAUACAAAUUAGACAGCAAUAUACCAAUGCAAAUAUGUGUGAUGAAAAGUGUUUAAAGUAUAUAGAUAAGAAUGUUAUUUUAUCCUGUGGAGAAGCAAAGAAAUUGUUAUGUCAGAAAUGAACAUUUCAACCAAAAGACUAUCCGAAGUUAUACUACUAUCAAUUAUAUGUUGAGGGGGUAGUUGUAUUCCAUUACAUAGGCAAAGCAUGGUUCUUCCUACCUUAUUUAGGCAUAUUGGCAAAGCUUUGCUUCAUCCAAAAACUAGCUGUGAUACUACUCACCAAAACCCAAUUUCUUUUUACAACCAGUAGACAUAUAAUACAUGCCAUAAUAAUUAUACAAAGGCAUGCGGAAAAACUUCCUCGAAUCGAAACAUUAAUGAAAGCUGAAUGUUGUUUUAUAGGCAAAUAUAUACAGUGUUUCUUAUACAGUAGUUAGAAAUGGACAAGAUUAAAACUUAA